AAUACGAGCUGCAGCGACCAGAGAGUCAUGGCAGGACAGGCAUUUAGAAAGUUUCUUCCUCUCUUUGACCGAGUAUUGGUGGAAAGGAGUGCAGCUGAAACUGUAACCAAAGGAGGAAUUAUGCUUCCAGAAAAAUCUCAAGGAAAAGUACUGCAAGCAACAGUAGUAGCUGUUGGAGCAGGAUCUAAAGGAAAGGGUGGAGAGAUUCAACCAGUUUGCGUGAAAGUUGGAGACAAAGUCCUUUUCCCAGAAUAUGGAGGCAUUAAAGUAGUUCUAGAUGACAAGGAUUAUUACUUAUUUAGAUAUGGUGACAUCCUUGGGAAGUAUGUAGACUGA